UUGCGUUGGUCCCGGCUCUGCGCCGGAUCAGCCCCCCCAAACAGCCCUCCAGAUCCAGAGCUGCCAUGGCUUCUCGCAGUCUCGUCUCCCGUCGCUCCUGUCUCUGUCUCUAUCUCUGUCUUUAUCAUCGUCGUCGACAUCUGUCGCCAUGGCUCCAGUCCCUCCCCAACGCAAGUCCAACAUCCUGGUCACCGGCUACGGUGCGUUCAAAAGCGCCCCCGUGCUGAACCCCUCAUGGGAAGCCGUCAAGACCCUCGAGGGCCUGCAGUCCAACGGAUACCGCAUCGUCCCUCGGCUCAUGACCGUCGCCUACGAGUUUGUCUCUGCGAACCUGCCUCCCCUGAUUGCCGAGUUCGAGCCGGCAGCGAUCAUCCAUGUCGGCCAGGGUCUCCCGAAUACCAUCAACCUCGAGACGAUUGCCCAUCCUCAGGGCUACGUCCAUCCUGAUGUCGAAAACCAGAUGGCCCCUGAAGGCACCGUCAUUCUGCCUCCCCCUGCGGAUGGCUCGCCCUUCCCGUCUCCUCUUCGCACCAUCCUCGACAACGAAGCUCUGCGAGACGCCAUGCGCGCAAAGGGCUGGGACAUUUGCAACGUCUCGACCGAUGCUGGCCGCUACCUGUGCGAGUAUAUCUUCUACUCAUCGCUCUACCUCACCCGGGAGUCGCCCGUCCCUGUCCUGUUCCUGCACAUCCCGGCUCCUGGUGCGCCUUAUUCUCAGGAGCAGCUCGACAUUGCCGUCCGCGAUCUCGUUUCGUUGGUUGCUGCCACCCUUGAGGCCGGGGCCCUUAGCGGAGCCUGAACGGCGAUUCAACCAGGCGCAAUGCUGCCAGGCACAUGGUGGCCGUCGUUGUGCCCUCAGCGUCGAUUACAUUGGGCCAGCUUGUCCUCGUAUGUAUGUGUUCUGUCGCCAUCGACCAUGUCAAUAUACAGUGAAGCGAUGGAUCUGCCUUUGGGCAUGGCCCCUCUUGCUCGCCGGGUGAGUGUCUCGAUAGACUUGGAACGCCAGCCGUGCUGGAUCGAAAGCAUGGCUACAGCGAACCCAUUCUCGAAUGGGACAUGCGGACGACUUGGGCGGGUUGGAUGACGUCGAUCGGUGCUGGCUGAAUGAUGCUGACCCGCCUGGCUAAACGACGUCGAUCGGCACUCGCGGGUGAUGUUUCCCGAUUCAAGAGUCCUCGGGGGCUCCAGGCGCGGACAGCCCGAGGAGGCGGUUGACCCACGCAGCGACAGCAAAGAGGCAU